AUGCAUUUUAUGCCCAUCGUCCUACUCCUGUUAGGGGCUUGCCAAGUGCAUGGCAAGGCUGUCUUUGCCCAUUUCAUGGUAUCCAACAGCGAGAACUACACGGAAAGCGAUUGGGCCAAUGACUUCACCCUCGCUCUCGACGCUCACAUUGAUGCAUUUGCCAUGAACAUGGCCUAUGGGGACCCGGUCAACAGUGCAGCCCUCCCUGUCGCCUUCACUGUUGCCGAUUCCUUGGGCUUCCGACUCUUCUUUUCUUUUGAUUACGCCGGCAAUGGUGCCUGGCCUGAAGACCAGGUCCUGGACUACCUCACCACCUAUGGAUCCAAUGCUGCCUACUAUCAACAUAAUGGCCAGCCUUUAGUCUCGACGUUUGAAGGCCCUGAUAAUGCCGAUGACUGGGUGACCAUCAAGGCAGAAACCAACUGCUUUCUGAUCCCGGAUUGGUCCUCUCUCGGAGCCAAAGCUGCCAUGGCUAAAGACGUGGCCGAUGGACUGAUGAGCUGGGCGGCCUGGCCCUGGGGUGGCCAGGAAAUGAACACAUACGUCGACGCAUCCUACCGAGAUUACUUGAAUGGACUGCCCUACAUGAUGCCUGUGUCCCCCUGGUUCUACACCAAUUUACCAGGCUACAACAAAAACUGGAUGUGGCGCAGUGACAACUUGUGGUAUGACCGGUGGCAAGAGAUCUGGUUUCUGCAGCCCGAAUUCGUGGAGAUCCUCACCUGGAAUGACUACGGCGAGUCUCAUUAUAUCGGCCCGCUUUACGACAAGGCCAUGGCCCCGAUGUAUAUCGGCCAAGCGCCGUUCAACUAUGUUGAAAAUAUGCCUCAUGACGGUUGGCGUCUGUUUCUGCCCUUUGUCAUUGACAUGUACAAGUCCGACAUCGCCACCGUCACUGAGGAGGGAUUGGUGACUUGGUUCCGCCCCCAGCCCGUGGGUGCCUGUGACGAUGGCCAAACGACGAUCAACACCGCGAGCCAGCUCCAGAUUGAGUUUGAACCGGCGAGUGUGUUGACCGACGAGAUCUUCUUCUCUGCUCUGCUCGGUUCCACUGCCGACGUCCUCGUGUCCGUGGGUGGCAAUUCGGUGGACAGUGUUUCUUGGACACACAAGCCCAGUGGUGGGGUGGGAAUAUACCAUGGCAGCGUUGCUUAUACUGGCAGUGGUCCUGUCCUCGUGACUGUCAUCCGGGAUGGAGUGAUAAUUGCCCAAGUCUCUGAGGGUUCCAUCACCUCAGCCUGCGAUGACGGCUUCCAGAAUUGGAACGCCUGGGUAGGCAGUUCCAUCUCCAGUACUUCGAUCUCUGCCCAGCCUCCUUCUCUGGCCAACGAUACCUGCGUUGAGGGCACAGGUACGGGCAACUUUGCCGGCCUCUGUGAAUUCUCGUGUCGAUACGGCUACUGCCCCAUUGGCGCCUGUUAUUGCACCAAGAUGGGAACAGCACGCACCCUCCCCAAUGCGACGAGCACCGUCGGGUACCCGGCUGCUGGAGAGGACGCCAAUUACAGCGGCUUGUGCAGUUUCUCUUGCAACUACGGAUACUGCCCUGAGAGCGCGUGUGGCACCGUGGACGUGCCUCUAUCCACGCCCACUAGCUCGCCGUUCACUCCUCUUGCUUGUGUGGUGGGCGAAGGGGAGGGCAACCUGGGCGGUUUGUGUUUAUAUGCGUGCAAUUUUGGCUACUGCCCCAUUCAUUCGUGUACCUGCACCGCGGAAGGUGUCCUGAUUGAUGCUCCGGCGGUCAACUCCAGUCUGACGGGAGUCCCUGCAGCCACGGUCGAUUACGACGAGUAUCAUGGGCUGUGCAGCUUUGCCUGCAGUCGAGGAUACUGCCCGGAAGGAGCAUGCGUACUAUCAUCCACCGCAGGGUCCGGCACCACGGAUAACGGCAUAGUGGUCUAUAUCGAUCCGGGUGUGUGGUCAAACCCGGAAGCUGCGUGCCCCAUGCCCUGCACGAUGGUUCUGCCCGAGAUUCAGCUGGGCGGCACGUCAAUCAUCAAACGGCCUCCAUAUACCACCACCGUAGUGGUUGAGUGGACGACUGUCGUUGGAAUAACUCAGGACAAUGGCGAUGUGUCCACCGCCACCCGGACCAGUAGAGUGGCCGAGUCUACAGUGAUUCCUUUACCCGACAUCACGACCACCGCAUACCCAGUUUCCAACCUGGUGAUACCUACUGGGGGCAUAUAUUUCCCCACGCCACGGCUUCCCCCGACCACUGUGACUAUUGCCGACGAUCCCAACCCACUCAACGAGCCUGGCGUCACGCAUGCCCCUAAGAACCGGACCAUCAUUAUCCCGCCAUAUCCCUGGGAUACUACUCCCUAUGGCAGCAGUGGGAGCACCGACGAUCUAAACAUCCCUAAGCCCCCCUCAAUCGACGUGACCGACGGUCCUAACAACCCUGAAUGUGAAAGCGGAUGCAGUGGAAAGCUCUGCAAUGACCCCUUCUGUCACUGCUUCUGGGGCUGCCCGCAUACCGGAGCUUCCUAUGAUAGUGAUACCAGCUCCGAUCCGGACGAUCCCGAUAGCGACACUGUUGACAACGGGCCGGAUCCGAAUGCCAACAACGAUGACACGGACACAAAGCAGACCGCAACGACGACUACCACCUCGUCCUGUACGCGGCAGACUGUCACGGACGCUUGGGUCUCGUGUACUUCGGUGGACUCUACCUCCAGCUCAUGCACGACCACUAGCACGUUGGUGGAAGUGGGCUGCUCGGUUACAGCGAUGACCACGACGACGGGGGUGGCAGAGUCCUGUUACUCAGUGUCGCCCGAUGACGACCAAGGCCAAGAUGGCGGAGCCUGGAACGACAGCGUGCUUUCUAGUAUAAGCUCCGGCUGGUCAGGACUGGGUAGCGCCUUGGGCAUCACCAUCACCGAACCGACCAGUACCUACACUGAUGUGGUUUACAGUGGUACCGCAUCGGUUCUGACAACCACCGCCACCGCCACCGCCACAUCCACGAGCACUGCCCUUCCAGAAUACGGCAGCUCCUCGGCGUGGGCCCUCUUCAUCCGCCAAGUCUAUGACUCGGACACCUCGUCCACAGGCACUUUCACCUACACAGGCCUGGACUACAACAAAGAUGAGUUGACGAUUGAUCACUGCACAACGGAUACAGACUGGUCACAAAGUGUAGAUGACGACGACGAAGCGCCGAGCAGUGUCUCGGAUAUUACAGCAUUUGGAGCUUCGUGUUCGCUGAGCUUAUGGGAAAACACCAGUUACACUAGCCUGGUAGGAAAGCUUGAAUGUGACAAGUAUGCGGAUGCAACAUGCGAGACACCCAUUAAUGUCGUGUCGGGUGGCACAUGCGGAGCAGCCAAUAUAUACCAAACAUGGAUCGUGUCGUGCUUUUGGGGAGAUGUAUAG